GGGCGUGGCCUUCCUCCAACCUGCUCCGGUCCAACAUGGCUCCGCGGUUGUGCAUCAUCUCUGCAGCGGCACGGCGGCUGCUCCUGAAGCCGGGACCCCGUGCUGGGGACCUCGCGGUUGCGGGUGCUGUGCGCUUCUAUUCCAAGGACAGUGAAGGCAGCUGGUUCCGCUCCCUCUUUGUUCACAAGGUGGAUCCUCGGAAGGACGCCCAUUCCACUCUGCUGUCCAAGAAGGAGACUAGUAAUCUCUACAAGAUCCAGUUUCACAAUGUGAAGCCCGAAUGUCUGGAUACCUACAACAGUCUGACGGAGGCCGUGCUGCCCAAGCUGCACCUGGACGAGGACUACCCUUGCUCGCUUGUGGGCAACUGGAACACGUGGUACGGGGAGCAGGACCAGGCAGUACACCUAUGGCGGUUCUCAGGUGGCUAUCCGGCCCUCAUGGACUGCAUGAACAAGCUAAAAACCAACAAGGAGUACCUGGAGUUCCGGAAGGAGCGGAGCAAGAUGCUGCUGUCAAGGAGAAACCAGUUGCUUCUGGAGUUCAGCUUCUGGAAUGAGCCACAGCCCCGAGCUGGCCCCAACAUCUAUGAGCUGAGGACAUACAAGCUCAAGCCGGGAACCAUGAUUGAAUGGGGAAACAACUGGGCUCGUGCCAUCAAGUACCGUCAGGAGAACCAGGAGGCGGUGGGAGGCUUCUUUUCACAAAUAGGAGAGCUCUAUGUGGUACACCACUUAUGGGCCUACAAAGAUCUGCAGUCUCGGGAGGAGACUCGAAAUGCAGCCUGGAGAAAGAGGGGCUGGGAUGAAAAUGUCUACUAUACAGUCCCCUUGGUUCGACACAUGGAGUCACGAAUCAUGAUCCCUCUGAAGAUUUCUCCUCUCCAGUGAGGCUGGCACUGCCUCCACCUUCUUCCCUGUCUCCUGUGGAGUAACCUGGAACAGAGGAGCUUCUGGGCCCACUGGCAUAGUUUUUUCUCAACUCUGGAAGACUUCUGAUGGGUGGUGUUCAGCUUAGACAAAGAUGAUGUUUUCUGAGAACCUAGUCUGUCUAUACCCAGCCAACCUCUCUCCCAUGCUGGAUGAAGUUUUUAAUUUCCCUAACUGCAGAAUAGCAACCUUUUAAGCAUUCACACAUUUUCCUCUUAAGAUUCAUCAUCUCCAGAACAUCAAGUCCCCAGCUCACACUGUGGCCAUGGCUUAGUUGCAUAAAAGCCGGCAUGACUAGCUGUUAGGCAGUAUAGUGUGAAAGGAUAUCAGACCACAUAUGGGCUCAGGAACUCUCUGGUGUUUACUUGUUAAAAAAAAAAAAAAGCAAGCCUGAGCCAAAAAAAAAAAAAAUAAAAUAAAAUAAAAUAAAAUAAAAUAAAAAGCAAAGCCUGGAACUGCCAUCAACUCUGAAGUCAUCAAAAUCAGGAGAAGAUCCAGAAUUCUACUUAAAGGGCUGGGGAAAGGCUGGAAUUGGUAAGGAUUUGAGUACAUGUGACAGGUUUGCAGCAAGUGGGCACAUAGGAUUCAGAAUUUGAAAUACAGAAUUAGGAAGAUAGAACAGAGAUGACAGAGGAUCUUAAGGGAGGACCCUGCUCCUAGACAGAUGGAGAGGCUUAUCCAUGUUUUCCUACACAAUGUAGUUACAACUUGAAGAUGCUCCAGCUCUUCUGCACUUCUUCCUUCUUACAGGCAAAAAUACAGGCUGAGACCUAGAAUCCCAUCUUGAAUUCUUUCCCAACUUGACAUUCUGUCAGCCAAACCCUCAUUUUGCAGAACCACUAGGUCUGUGAAGUGGGUUCAGUGAUUCUGGGGUCUCUUCAACGACCCCCAUACCUCAUGAACCCCUGCUUAGCAUGGUUUUGCUACCAUACCAGGAGAAGGUACUGGAAUAGUUGAUGGAACCAAAAUUAAAUAUUUACUGUAA